AUGAUCACCCUGUGCGCCCUCCCCGAUGACAUCCUCCUAGAGAUCCUCACCCAACAUGUCCGCUCCGAACGCGGUAUCAACGCCUUCUCCCAGACAAAUCACAGGCUACACGCCCUUGGCAACCGGUGCCUCUACCGCCAGAAUGCACUGCACAACCGAAGCAGCGCGCUGGUAUGGGUAUCCGAAACCGGGAAUCUAGCCACAGCCCUGUACGGCCUCGACCUCGGCGGCGCUGACAUCAACAUCAAAUCCCUCAACCACAACGGCGGGACGCCGCUCAUGCUUGCCUCCGAGAAGGAGCACUGCGCGAUCGUCCAGCUACUUCUCUCCAAAGGAGCGAACCCGAACGCGACGAACAUCUACCAUGAAACAGCCCUCAGCGUCGCAGCGCAGACCGGCGCGCUCGACAUCGCGGUCGUGGCAGGACUGCUUCGAAGACCAGAUGUCGACAUUAACCGCCAACGACACGAUGGCACGACGCCGCUGAUUUGCGCAACCGGUGCAGGACACACUGCCGUGGUGCAAGCGCUGUCCGAGGACGAAAGGAUCGAUCUGAACCACCGCACGGAGGACUCCCGGCCGGCGCUGAUGGUAGCGGGUCUGAACGGCCACGAGAUGAUCGCAAAGCUGCUGGUCAAUAUGACAUGCAAUAUCGACGCAGAUGACUCCGAGGGCAAGAGGGCGCUCUCGUACGCUGUCAAAGACGACUGCUGGGCGAUCGUUCAGCUAUUGAUCGAUAGCGGUACGGCCGUGAACCACCGGGAUCACUUGGGUCGGACGGCACUUGUCAUGGCGGUGGAUCUUGGCCGCGAAAGCAUGGCACGCAUGCUCCUUCGGCACGGUGCCGAUCCGACUGUGGCAGAUAGUCGAGGCUGGGUGCCUCUUCACUGGGCUGCGCAGGGCGGUCAUGAGGCCGUUGUCCGCGUACUCGUCGAAGAUGACCGUACAACCCCCGGGCAUGCGAGCUUCAUUGGCACCGCGCCGCUUCAUUGUGCGUCAUGGGAUGGUCAUGAUGGUGUGCUGAAGCUCCUGAUAGCCCGAGACGAUAUUGACAUCAAUUGCAAGGAUAACGCUGGCUGGACACCUCUGGCCCGGGCAGCGUUUAACGGAUCUGCGAGUCUUGUGCGACUAUUCUUGGACGAUCCGCGUACGGACGUCAAUGCUCAGGAGCAUAAGGGCUGGACGGCGCUUUUCUUUGCGGCGAAAAAGGGUCAGCGAGCUGUUGUGGAAGCUCUUUUGAGUCAUCCUAUGAUUGAGGCUGCGAUCAGGGAUCACACUGGCAAGAAUGCGAUGAUGUAUGCGAAUGAACUUGGUCAUUUGGAUAUCGCCGCCUUGAUUGAAGCAUCUGCAAAGAGAAGGCCCGUACCAAUAGUAUAG